UCGAACUCUCUUACCGCGAUCAACUCAUCAACUAACUUACUAUAAAAUCCAGAUCUUUGACCGUUCUGGUUCACCAUCUUUUAGUGCUACGACAAUGCCACCCCCAACUUCUAGUUAUGUGAUGGUACCAUCUAAAGAUCCUAUUUUCUUCUUAAUUUGUUGUGACUUGGUUACUCUAAUAAGGGGAAUUGAGAUAGAACAAGUGAAGAACACGAUUAAACGAAGCGAAUCGAGACUAAGACAAUACACUCAAAACAUAGGUUACGACCAAUGCAGUUAAAAGCGCGAUUCUACCUAGAAGCAGAAAAUGGGAAAAAUCGUAAACCGUAGAAUCAAAGCGUAAAAGCGUAAGUUUUUGAGGCACCCACUAAAAUAGCUAAAAUAUGUUAAGUACAACAUAUAGUAUGUAAAAUGUGAGUGUGUAGAUUUUAGAUAAGUGAACAACUACAUGAAAUUCAUAAUUAAAAUGUGAUAUUUAACACAAACUAUUUGUGUUGACUCAAAAGUAGAGAAAACUCAUAAGAUCUUAAUAAUAAGCUCAUAAACGGAGAUCGUAAGAAUCCAAAUUCUUAUAAGUUGGUUUGAGUUUACAUAAUUACAUACGAUCAAUUACCCAUAAACUUUUAUCGUAACCCAGGUAAGAGUCACAAGUGAAGAUUAAGGGAGAAGACUGAUAGAAGGUCAGCGGCUGUUGAGAAUACCAUUAGGUGUCUUUUCAAUCUAAUGUGGAGCCCCUAUCUCGACACUAGUUGUAGAAUGAGUGAUGAAUCAUGUUUUCCUCUUUUUUUUUGCUGAUGUGUCUCCAAAAUUAUAUCAUUUUGGGCCAAUUAGCACAUUUUUAUGAGGGGUUAAUUGCAUGGUUGGUCACUGAAAUUACAAAAAAACGUUCAAGUUUGGUCACUCAAAAUAUUUAAAUCCAUUGGUGGUACUUCAGUUUACUGAAACCGUUCACGUUUGGUCACUCUCCGUCCAACUCCGUUAACUUUUGCUGAUAUGGCAGUCAACUCUCAAAGUUGACUGUUAACUUAGUGACGUGGCAAUUAAAAAAUUAUUAAAAAUAAAAAAAUAAACUUUUAUAUUUUACACCUCAUUAUUACAUUCAUUAAAAAAUAAAAUAAAAAAUAAAAACCUAAUUUCUUAUUACAUUCAUUAAAAUGCAGGACGAAACAGUUCCGAUCGUCACAGGCAUUGGGAUCCCACCGCCGGAUUUGCUCCCUCAACGGAACCCAGCUCGGCGGCGGAGGAAUGGGGAAUGUGGUGGCUGCGGCGGAGAGGAUUUUUCGGUGCCCGUAUUGCUCAAAGGUGUUCGGGUCGGGUCAAGCACUGGGCGGACACAAAAGGUCACAUCUCAACGGCGGUGGUUCCUACCCUUCGCCAGCUGCCGCUCGUCCACCACCACCACCUCCGCCGGCUGCCAAAAUCGACAAGAACUACAGUUUUUUGGAUCUCAACUUUCCAACACCGGUGGAAGACGACGAGUUUAGUGUGGUUUCUGAUGCUUAAGUUUCUCCAAACUGAAAGCAAGGUGGAUGUUUUCGAUACACAAUACCAAUUUCUCGAAUCAAAGUUUUCAUCUUUAUGGUUCUGUAUAGUCUUUUCCAUGGUUGAUGUUGGCCCACAGGGUUGGAACUAACUUGGGUUCUGUAGAAUUUGGUGGAAGUGGGUCAAAUUCAUGAGUUGUAGCCAUAGAUAGGGAAACUGAACCCAUGAACCCAAUUCUCAUUUUGCCUCCAUAGAUGAACUUCAGAUGUUCUUCUGUUGUCUUGCGGACUACUAACUUGACAAUGUUUGGUUAAUCUUCAUUUGCUGUGCUGCUGCUGAAUGCUGACUACAAAUUUGUCUGAUUUGGAUUUGGGUCCUUUUGGUUUCUUUGGGAAAACUUCAUUGAAUGCUAAAGCUGGCUAAUGGGGCUUUGCUUUUGCUUUCAAACAGAUACUUACUUGCCUCCUCUCCCACAGAGCUCCUGAAUUCCUGACUCUUCCUUUCCUCUGUUUUUUUUUUAACUUUUCUUCAUGUGAUUUCUUGAUUUGAUUGGUUCUGGUUCAUGCUGUGUCAGUUUCGGCCGCUGCUGGAGCAUCGCUGCUCUGUCCCUCAGCGUCGUCGGGAAAUCGAUCUCGGUUGAACACCGGGUAGAAAACAGGGGAGACCAGUAUUUUAAUGAAUGUAAUAAGAAAUUAGGUUUUUUUUUAAUGAAUGUAAUAAUGAGAU